UGCGCAGGCGCGGCUGCAGCCCGGCGAUGGCGGCGUGGCGGGCGGUGCGGCGGGCGGUGGGGCCCUGGCGGAGCCCGUUCCGCGCCGCCUCGGGGAGCCGGGGCCCCGCCGUGCCCCAGCGCAUCGAGGAGAAGCGCCGCGCCGCGCUGCUGGGCGGAGGGCAGGCCCGCCUCGAGGCGCAGCACCGGCGGGGAAAGCUGACAGCGAGAGAACGAAUUCUUCUCCUCUUGGACCCUGACAGUUUUGAUGAAUAUGAUAUGUUUGUGGAACACAGGUGUUCUGACUUCGGGAUGGACUCUAGCAAGAAUAAGUAUCCUGGAGACAGUGUGGUGACUGGCCGUGGACGGAUUAAUGGGAGAUUGGCUUAUGUUUUCAGCCAGGAUUUUACUGUAUUUGGAGGCAGUUUAUCUGGAGCUCAUGCCCAGAAGAUCUGUAAGGUCAUGGAUCAAGCUGCCAUGGUUGGAGCACCUGUGAUUGGGCUGAAUGACUCUGGAGGAGCCCGUAUCCAGGAGGGAGUGGAGUCCUUGGCCGGCUACGCAGAUAUAUUUUUGAGGAAUGUUCUGUGUUCUGGGGUGAUUCCACAGAUCUCUCUCAUUAUGGGUCCUUGUGCCGGUGGAGCUGUUUAUUCGCCUGCUUUAACUGAUUUCACAUUCAUGGUGAAGGACACAUCCUAUCUAUUCAUCACUGGCCCGGAUGUAGUUAAGUCUGUCACCAAUGAAGAUGUCACCCAAGAACAGCUUGGGGGUGCGAAGACGCACACUACUGUAUCUGGAGUUGCACACAGAGCCUUUGAGAACGAUAUAGAUGCUUUACUUAAUCUCCGAGAGUUCUUUAAUUAUUUACCUCUUAGUAACCGUGAUCCAGCACCAGUCCGUGAAUGCCAUGAUCCCAGUGACCGUUUGGUUCCUGAGCUGGACACUGUUGUCCCGAUUGAAUCUACUAAAGCCUACGAUAUGCUGGAUAUCAUACACUCUAUCACUGAUGAAAGGGAAUUCUUCGAGAUCAUGCCUUCCUAUGCCAGAAACAUUGUUGUUGGAUUUGCCAGGAUGAACGGACGGACUGUUGGGAUAGUGGGCAACCAACCCAAAGUAGCAUCAGGAUGCUUAGACAUAAAUUCCUCUGUGAAAGGAGCCCGCUUUGUCCGGUUCUGUGAUGCUUUCAACAUACCUCUGAUCACUUUUGUGGAUGUUCCUGGAUUUUUGCCAGGUACAGCUCAGGAGUACGGUGGAAUCAUACGUCAUGGUGCAAAACUGCUGUUUGCCUUUGCAGAAGCAACCGUGCCUAAAAUUACUGUCAUCACCAGAAAGGCCUAUGGAGGUGCUUACGAUGUGAUGAGCUCAAAGCAUUUAAGAGGAGAUGCAAAUUACGCCUGGCCGACAGCAGAGGUGGCGGUGAUGGGAGCAAAGGGUGCUGUCCAGAUCAUUUUCAGAGGAAAAGAGGCAGAUGCAGAGGCAGAAUAUGUGGAGAAGUUUGCAAAUCCAUUUCCUGCUGCUACGAGAGGUACAGUUGUCUCGCGUGUUGUGUUCCCUGUUUUGAGUUUGCCAUUGCACACAGAUAAAUUGGUGGCUUUUGAGUCAACUUUUUGCUACUUAGGUGAGGCAACUGUAUCUGGGUCAGAAAGGUGAGGCUUGACCGUAGCUCACACCUGUGAGGGAAGAACACAUCUGGACCCAAAACACAUCGCCAGAUAGAAAGAGACUACCAUGAUGCGUGGCCUGCACUGAGAAGCAUAUUUUCAGUUUUGUAGAAAGCUUCUCAAAACUCAGCCUUGUCCUUAAAAGUAGAGGUGCUUUGACAGUCUGUUUGGCGGUCCUAGCGGCAGGCCAGUGCCCUCAGGAAAGGGUCAGGGUCUGGUUCUGCUCCAUGAUGGUUCCCCAGGACCUGCCAGAGUAAACUUUUCCACUGUUGUUCCUUCUGAAUUUUAUUUCUAUCUUUGAAGUGCUCACUGUGCUCUAGGAGGCAGCUCUGGAGGCAGCUCGCUCAGUUUCCAGCCGCGCUGCCUUACUCUGUUGUCUGGUUUGUACUCCAUUUGAAUCCCAUUUGUACUGCCACAGGGCCAGGAAGGCUUAGCCAGGCUGCUUUGCACCACAACCACUGCGAGCAGGAUUGCUCCCUUUGGUUCUGCAGUUGAUGACCUGUUACUGCUGUCUGAGCCAGAACAGAGCCCUGCACGUGUAAAGUGAGGGAAUGUCCCUUCUAAUGAGCACUUCUGAACCGUUAGAUCGGACUAACGGUGGGAGAUGGCAUCUCUAAAGCUCUGCAGCAGCAGGUGCUGCGCUCAGAGUAAAGCCCCCUCCUUAACACUUCUUGCCUUGUGAAGUUUUGCAAAAUUGAAGAAAGCAAACGUUUCUAAUUAAACAAACAUGGGCAGGAACAGUUCCUUUUCAGGCUAUUUUAAAUCGCUUUUGUAAGUUAAUUUGUAACUCGUGAACUGUUUAUUCCAAAUACUGUUUAGAUUUUGCUAACUUACAUUAUAGCCUCGAUCCAGAAGCCCAAGAGGCAAACGCUUCACAGUUGGUCAGGGCUGAGUGUUUGUGUUUUCACAGGGUUUGUUGAUGACAUCAUCCAGCCUUCGACCACCCGCAUGCGUAUCUGCCACGACCUCGACGUGCUGGCGAGUAAAGCACAGUCCAGUCCUUGGAAGAAGCACGCUAAUAUCCCGCUGUGAGUGCGAGGGCGCCUGGCCAGUGCUCUGCGCACAAAUGCUCGCUGCUGACCUGGAGGUCUGCUUUGCAAGGGAAAUAUUUCUUUUCAUUCUGAUUUUGACCAUCAAUAAAUCACAGUACUUGUCUCAUUUAA